AUCGCAACCUUCCGGCCUGUGGCUGCUCGCUGGCUGCUGUCUUCCCACCCCCUCCGCCCCGCCUUCUCUGCACCAACCCUUCGCCUUGCAGACGGCUACCUCUCCUCUCUCCUCCUCCACCCACCCCGCUCCACCCGCGCGCGACCCCUGCCCAGCAUGUCGCGCUUCCAGCGUCCCGAGACGCUGCUCAAGCGCGCCGAGGAGCUGCUCGGCGUCGGGCAGCAGACGGCCGCACUGGCGGCGCUGAGCGAGAUCUUCUCGCUGCGCUCCUUCAAGCAGACGCCGCUCACCGCCCUCGAGCCCAUCAUGCUGCGCUUCACCGACCUCUGCGUCGACAUGCGCCGCGGCCGCCUCGUCAAGGACGGCCUGCUGCAGUACAAGAACGUCUCGCAGAACACCAACCCCGCCAGCAUCGACGUCGUCAUCCGCCACCUCAUCAAGAUCAGCGAGGCCCGCGUCGCCGACGCGCAGAAGCAGGCCGACGAGGCCGCCGCGGCCAAGGAGGCCGACGUCGAGGACCUCGAGGAGAGCGAGACGCCCGAGGCCAUGCUGCUCGGCGCCGUGACGAGCGAGGAGAACCGCGACCGCACGGACCGCGCCCUCGUCACGCCGUGGCUGAAGUUCCUGUGGGAGAGCUACCGCACGGCGCUCGACAUUCUGCGCAACAACGCACGCCUCGAGGUGCCGUACCAGCAAAUCGCCAACCAGGCGCUGGCGUUCUGCAUGCAGUACGAGCGCAAGACGGAGUUCCGGCGGCUGUGCGACCUGCUGCGCACGCACCUGCAGAACGUGGCGCGCUACUCGCACCACACGCACGCCAUCAACCUCACCGAGCCCGACACGCUGCAGCGCCACCUCGACACGCGCUUCUCGCAGCUCAACUCGGCCGUCGAGCUGGAGCUGUGGCAGGAGGCGUUCCGCAGCGUCGAGGACGUGCACAACCUGCUCACCAUGGCCAAGAAGGCGCCGCGCCCGUCGAUGAUGGCCAACUACUACGAGAAGCUUACGCGCAUCUUCAUGGUCAGCGACAACAACCUCUUCCACGCCGCGGCAUGGAACCGCUACUACUCGCUGGCGCGCGGCGGCCUCAAGACCGACGAGGAGCACACGCGCAUGAGCUCCCUCGUGCUGCUCAGCGCCCUUGCCGUGCCCGUCAUCUCGAGCAGCGCGCCCGGCACGGGCAACAUGAACAAGAGCAAGAGCGACUUCCUGCUCGGCGACCAGGAGACGCGCAGCCGCACGGGCCGCCUGACGAGCCUGCUGGGCCUCAGCCGCACGCCGACGCGCGCCGGCCUGCUCAAGGAGGCGCUGGCGCGCAACGUGCUGAAGCGCGUGCGCCCCGAGCUGCGCGAGCUCUACCACAUCCUCGAGGUCGAGUUCCACCCGCUCUCCAUCUGCGCCAAGAUCGAGCCCAUCAUCGCCAAGCUGGCGCAGGACCCCGAGAUGGUGCCCUACGUCAAGCCGCUGCACAGCGUCAUCCUCACGCGCCUCUUCCAGCAGCUGAGCCAGGUGUACGAUGCUGUGAAGCUUGCACGCGUCAUGGAGCUCGUCGGCGCGUUCCAGGCGCCGUACAACUACACGGCCGCCGACAUUGAGAAGUUUGUGCUCAAUGCCUGCAAGAAGGGCCACCUCGACAUCCGCGUCGACCACGUCAGCCAGGCCAUCACGUUCCAGGACGACGUCUUCGCUGCCGAGCAGCACCCCGCCGCCGCCGUGGCCAGCGGCUCGGGCGGCGAGGCCGGCGACGUGACGCGCCUGCAGCAGACGCCCGGCGAGCUGGUGCGCACGCAGCUCGGCCGCCUCGCCAGCUGCCUCGACACGACCGUCAAGAUCAUCGACCCCAGCGUCAUCGAGGCGGCCCAGGCCGCCAAGCGCGACGUCUUUGCCCGCGCCGUCGCCGCCGCCGAGCAGGAGCACAAGGCAGCCGUCGCACGCAAGGCCAUCCUCGCCCGCCGCAAGGAGCUCCUCGACGAGCGCGCGGCACGCAAGGAGAAGGACGAGGCGACGGCAAAGGCCGAGCGCCAGCGUCUGGCCCAGGCUGCGGAGCAGAAGCGCAUGGAGGACGAGAAGCGCAACCGCGAGCUGGAGCGCAUCCGCAAGGAGAUGGAGGCCGUCAAGCACGAGGAGGCCAAGAAGCUGGCGCAAAACCUGAAGGAGAAGGGCGGCCUCAAGCUCAGCGAGGAGGAGUACGCCACGCUCGACACGGAGAAGCUCGUGCAGCUGCAGGUCGAGCAGAUCGAGAAGGAGAAGAAGGAGCUCGCCGAGCGCCUGCGUGUCAUCCACCGCCGCAUGGACCACCUCGAGCGUGCCUACCGGCGCGAGGAGACGCCGCUCAUCGCCGCCGACUACGAGCGCCAGAAGGAGGAGGACAAGGCCUACCACUCUGCCGCGCGCACCACGCUCAUCGAGACGACCAAGGCCAAGCACGCCGCGGAUCUCGAGCUCAAGAAGCGCCUGCAGCGCAUCAUGCCCGACUACAUCGAGCUGCGCAAGGUCAUCGAGGGCAAGCGCAAGGAGGAGAUGGAGGCGCGCAAGCGCCGUGCCGACGAGCAGAUCGAGGAGGAGAAGCAGAAGCGCCGCGAGCAGGCCUACCGCGACAAGGCCGAGGCCGAGCGCGCGGCCGAGGAGGAGCGCCAGCGCGCUGCCGAGGAGGCCGAGCGUGCCAAGCUGCGCGAGGAGGAGGAGGCACGCCAGGCCGAGCAGCGCGCUCUCGAGCAGGAGAAGCAGGCCGAGCGCGAGGCCGAGAAGCGCGCCGAGAUCGAGGCGCGCCAGGCCCGGCUGCGCGAGCAGGGCGAAAAGCAGCGCCAGCGCGAACUCGAGGUCGAGGAGCGCCUGCGCGCCCGCACCGCCGCCCCUGCUGCCGCUGCUGCCCCUGCCGCGCCGGCGCAGGACGCAAGCGUGUGGCGCAAGGCUGCGCCUGCUGGUGCCAUUGCCGAUGCUCGCAACGCAAGCCCCGCGCCGCCACUCAUCAACCGCGCCCCCGUCGCGGCGGCUGGCGGCGGCUGGCGCGAGCGUGAGGCGGCUCGCAAGGCUGCUCUUGCCAAUGGCGAGGCUCCUCCGGCUGCCGCUGCGCCGACGAGCUCGGGCAGCGCCACGCCGCAGCCGACCAACGGCACGGCUUCGCCGCUCCGUGCUCCUCCUGCUGCUGCCGCACCCGCACCCGCAGCUGCAGCUCCGGCCCCUGCACGCCAGGGCCCGCCGACGUUCACGCGUGGCGGCGCUCCCGGCAUGUCCUGGCGCGAGCGCGAGGCGGCAAAGAAGGCCGCUGCCGCAGCUGGCGGCGAGGGCGCUGAUGCGGCCCCGACGCCGGCACAGGCCGCUGCUGCACCGGCCGCGCAGGGCGGAGACGGCUUCCAGGAGGUGCCGAAGCGGAGUGCGGGCGCUUACAGGCCCCCUGGCGCGCGCGGCCUCUGAUCGUCCUGGUCGCCGGCUCACUUAUGCUUCGCGCGGACGGCGGCUGUGCUCCCUACUAGACGUCUGAGGCUUCCCACCUGCACACCGCGCUCCUCCGCUUGACUCAUGCCGCAUCUCUUCACGCCCCCUUUCCGUCCCCUGUCCAUGCCCGCAAGACCGUGCGUGCACCUUGUACACUCCCCUCCACCCAAAAUUGACUACGCUCCACGACGAGCUC